AUGAAUUUUUUAAAAAAAGCUGAUUUCUUUGGUGUCCCUUUUUUGCAAAAUAUAAAUCAAUAAACUUUCUAUAAAAGUCCAUUAGGAGGAUUUUUAAGUUUAUUAAUUGUCGCAACAAGUUUAGCUUAUUCAUUAUGGGUAUUUUAUUUAUGGAAUAGUAAAUAAAUGAGUCCAAAGGUUUCUAAUUCAAAGUAUGUAUCGGACUACUCUAUUCUCGACUUUAAUUCAGCAAAAAUAAGUAUUUAUGCUGAAGUAGAGGAGGGAUUUGUGGAUCCUUUCAAAAAUAAAAUUUUAUUACCUUUAGUUAUGUACGCUGAUAAUAACCGUUAAACAAAACCAAUGAUUAUUGAGAAUUACACAGAGGCUUCUUAUGGAACUUUGUAUGUACCAAAUCUUGAUUUGGGUUUUACUUUUGCUGAUGGGUAUUUAUAAACAUCUAAGUACAUGUUCAUAUACAUUACACUUUGUGAAGAAAAGUAUUUGAAAGAAGGUGAAUAAUGUGCUUCAGCUGAAUUAAAGUAAAAGUUUUUUUCACAGUAAUUCAAUUAUUUUGGUUUAUAAAUUGAAUCUACAACUUUGGAUUCUAGAGAUGGAUCUGAAUAAACUACAAUUUAAGAUAUUUUUUUUGAACUUGAAUAAGAGAGUUGCUAUCUACUAUAUACAUUUCUAGAAACAAAUUUUUAUGAACUUUAAGAUUAUUUAUUAUUUGGAACAUCAAAGUAAAAGGAAUAUAUUAGUGGAGCAAAAGUAUAAACUCAAUCUGUUUCACCAAGCAAAUGUAGAAAAUCAUAUUAGAAUGAAGCAUUGGCAAUGAUAUAUGUUGCAAUGAAUGGAACUUAAACGAAGACAAUAUUUGAAUAUCCAAAUUUGGGAGAUCUUUUAGCAAACGUUGGAUCUAUUAUAUCAAUACUCUUUAUAUUUAAAUAUCUUAUUAUUUAAGUCAAUCAAUAUUCUUUAUAUUAAAAAGUAAUCUCUGAUUUGAUAAGUUUAUAUUAUCCAGAAUUUAAAAAUAUUAAAAUUAUUAAGAAUUGGAGAUUCAAGGUAACUAAAGUUACUUUGAAUCAAUUAUAAAUAGAUGAGAAAGAGUAUUAAAAAAUUUAUGAAAAGCUUAAAAAGCAAAUGCAAUAGAAGUUAUGUUACAUGAAUUUAGUAUAUGAAAUAUCAAGAUUAUAUCUAAUAAUAAGAUCUUCCAAAUUAAGAGAAGAACUUUUAAAAUCUCAUUUAAUUGGUAUUAAAUUAAAUCUCCCGGUAUUAAAAGAAGAUACUUGUCUUUCGAAUUGUAAGUCUGCUCAAAAAAUUAAUUCUUAAAUGGAACCUUAUCUUUUAAAUGAAGAUGAUGCCGAAUUAUUAUCAUUGGCAAAUAGGCGAUGCCAAAAAUAUGUUGAAACAAUACCUGAAGAAAUUUAUAACGAAGUUGAUUAUUAUUAUUUAAAUAAAAUUAUAUGA